AUGCAGAAGAUUAAAUCUAAACUGCAGAAGGCGGAGGCGGAGAUCGCUCACCAUGAGCUAGAAUAUGGGGACCAUCAUCAACAAGUACAGUCUAAUACAAGCUACCCUACUACAGUCAACGGACAUCGUAACUGUGAUAAAAAUAUCCGACAGUAUAUACAAAUUAAAGACACAGUAGUAAUUUAUUUUAACUUUAUUCCGUUCCAAAUUAACUUUAAGUGA